AGUCCUUGUGAGUCUUUUGUGUAGAUCUACACGUCAUUACUGUGCUUGAAUCACCUGUACUCUGUAGCUGAUCUACGAGCCUGUGUUGAAAAAAACCGUCUUCUUUCCCCGAAUGAGUGGAUCUUGCACUAAUCUCUGGCAGCUCUUUAUAUUCUUGUAGUUUUAGUGGCUUAGGGAGAUUGUCUACUUUUGAAAGGAGAGAGUUUGUUUUCACAGGCGUGUAUAGUCAUUGAGUGUAGCGAUGUCGACGGAGCACCAACGUAUAUUGCCCGACGGUGAGCGCCGCUCCCUGCCGCUGAAUGGGCAUGUUGGGUUCGACAGCUUGCCUGACCAGCUCGUCAAUAAAGCGGUCAGCAAAGGCUUCGACUUCAACAUUUUGUGCGUAGGUGAGACGGGAAUUGGAAAGUCAACGCUAAUGGACUGCCUCUUUCAAAAGUCAUUUGAUGACAAGCCCACAACUCACAAGCUGCCCAAUGUAUCCCUAAACUCGUCAACAUACACCCUGAAGGAAGGCACAGUGACACUGCGAUUAACUCUGAUCGACAGUAUGGGUUUUGGUGACCAGAUUGGACGAGCUGAUAGCCACGCUCCCAUUGUGGACUACAUAGACGAGCAGUUUGAGAAGUACCUGCAGGAGGAGUUGAAGAUCCAGCGCGACCUGUAUAGCUUCCACGACACCAGGGUUCACCUGUGCCUCUACUUCCUGCCACCGACGGGUCACUCGCUGAAGUCGAUUGACCUGGCAUGCAUGAAGGAGUUGAUGCAAAAGGUCAACGUUGUGCCAAUCAUUGCCAAGUCGGACACUAUCGGCAAGGCAGACCUGACCAAGUUCAAAAACAGAAUCAUGGAGGAGGUUCUGGAGAAUGGCGUUGACAUCUACAGCUUCCCUACCGACGACCAGCCAGUAGCGGAGCUGAACGCCAAGAUGAACAAACUAGUGCCAUUCGCCGUUGUCGGCAGUCGGGAGUCUGUGGAGGUGAACAAGAAGAUGGUGCGAGCACGCUGCUACCCAUGGGGCACAGUAGAAGUGGAGAAUGAAGGCCACUGCGACUUUGUCAAGCUGCGCGAGAUGGUGCUUCGUGAGAACAUGGAAGACCUGCGCGAGAAGACACACUCAGCUCACUACGAGCGCUAUCGCCGCGCCAAGUUAGCCGAGAUGGGCUUUGCGCAGCGCGACGAGACCGAUCAGCCCGUCAGGCUUUCAGAGCUGAUUGAGAAGCGUCGCCACCAGCACUUACAGCAGAUGCAGGCAAGAGAGGAUGAAAUGCGACAGAUGUUUGUCAACAAGGUCAAGGACAAGGAGGCCGAGCUCAAACAAUCUGAGCAGGAUCUGCAUGUGAAAUUCGAGAACCUGAAGCGGACCCAUGCUGAAGAGAAAAGGAAGCUGGAGGACCGGAGACGCAUUCUGGAGGAGGAAAUGAACAAGUUCAACAAGCACAAAGCCGAAACGCAAGCAGCACAGGCUCAGGCGGCACGUGACAUGGCCCAGGGCAACUCGGUCGGCAGUCCUGGCUCCCCGAAGAGCGGCAAACGCAAGAAGUAAACUGCCGCCAACUGCUGUCCCUUUCCUCUUCAUCGCCAUGACACUGAGAAGGAAGUGUGCCAUGCUCCGGCUCUGCACGUGCUAGAGAAACGAUCCAUAGCUAGCCUUUAGGAACAAUCUGACGAUUACUGCAUGUGCUAUUGGCAUUGAACACAUUGCACGUGCCUGUGUGCACUCACUGCGGCAGAGCCACUCUUUCUAUCCAGUGAUGCAUGCUAGAGGAGCCUGAUCAGGAGCAGUGUACACACACACACUGAUCUACGCACUCAUGACUAGCUGUGGCCGUGUUGCUACUCUGAAAGUGGCCAGUAGUAGGCAGUACAGUCACGCAGUGUAUGUAUGUAUGGGUGGGUGCAUUGCCAGGAUGACUGUGUGCGUGUGCAUGCUUGUGUGUAACUGAUAGUGCCACCCCCGUUGCAGUGGUAUGUCCGGAGAGGUUCAAUAGCUAUGCAAUGAUUAUGUAACACUAGACCUUAGAUAUAUCUGACACGAUGUAGUGAUCAUCUAUUACUACUAGUACUGAAUUACAGGUUACCGCAUUGACAACUAGAACUACUAUUAUAGUACUAACUAAUGCCGUGUGCUAUUACUCUGCUGCUAAACCUAUGGUGUAUUAUGCAGUUUAGCACUUAGGUCCACUGCUUGUGUUCUUUAUUGUAUAGGAACUGUUGCCCCAGUCUGUUCUAUUGACUCAGCUCACUGCCUGCUUUCCUUUGAAAAUGAUAUCCGUCCACACUUCCA